GUUAAUUCAAUCCUGUAGCGUUUUUCAUUGGGAUGCACUGAGUGCGCAUUAAGAACUCGUGGAGUUUAGGCGACACUACCCGAGUUUACCGACAGUGCAAGUUUUUUUGCACGCCCAAUGAAACACUCAUGACUUGAUGAGUGCGCAUAAGAACCGAUUCGCCUCGGAUUGAAAGAAAAUAUAUGCAUUAACGUAAACUUCACUAUGGAACAAUCAGAAGAAUUAAGCAUUUCUUUCAAAGUCAAUAAUGACAUGCUCUCGUUAAAACUUCUAUCAAGCGAAACAGAGUUAUACAAUAAAAUAAUGAAUGACGAUACCUAUAGCAUACAAUAUAUAAAACUUGUGAUUAAAAAUGGAUUGUGUGUUCUACAUGGAAGCGAAAAUCAGAAAAUUGAAGAAAUAUCUCGAGUGAUUGAAGAUGAAGAACAAUUGAUAUUCCACGCGAAUAUUCAUGGUGAUAAUCGCAGCAAUGAAGAUCAGCUAUCGGAGUAGAAUAAAGAAAAUGAAGCACUCAUGUUUGAAUCCUUUGAAUCACAGGAAUAUGAUCAGAAUGAAUCACAAUCGCAGGAGUACGAUAAAAAAGGAAAGAAGAGUAGCGAUUACUGGAGCAAUUCAGGAACAUCGUUUCUUCUCGAUAAAUAUGAAACAUAUAUGUCGGAUAUUGGUCCCAUGAAAAAAUUCAAAACUAAAAAAUUGAUGUGGGCGCAAAUUUCAAAAGAUAUGCUGACGAUGUUGGACGUAUUAAAAACUCCUCUUCAAGUUGAAAAUCGGUAUAAAACCGUUCUCAAAAGGAAAAAAUAAGCAGUUGAGAACAACUCUAAAUCAGGCAGCUCUAGAGAGGAUGUACCAUUCGAAGAAGAAUUGCGUAAAAUUGCUCAUUCGGACGAUAGUAUUGAGCCCGAGGUGUUGCGAAAUGCAAGGAGCGUUAAAUAUCCUAAAUUGAAUACAAGAAAUCUGCAAUGAUAGUGCCUCUACACAUUCUACUGAUAGCUCACCACCGAAGACAAAAAAAUCGAAACCAAGUGAUAUUGAUAAAAGGAUGGAAUACUGGAAAAAUAAAGAAGCGGCAAAAGAAAGACGUCACCAAGAAAAGUUGAAUUUAAUACGGGA